AUGAGUUCUUCACGUAAUUCCUCACUCAGCAGCGUAAAUCAUGACAUCUCCUCAGAACUCAAAGCAGGAGCUCGUGCCCAGGUUCAAGGGAAAAUUGGCACCAUCAGAUUUGUAGGCACAACCAGCUUUCAAACUGGAAAAUGGGUGGGUAUUGAGCUAGACGAAGCUCAAGGCAAGAACAGUGGUGUCGUUCAGGGUAAACGUUACUUUGAAUGCAAAACAAACCAUGGUGUAUUUGUCAGGCCAAGCCAAGUUAAGGUCAUUACAAUAGACGACGAACAAGAAGACGAGGAGGAGGAGGAGGAAGAGCAACAAGAUGAAGAAAGCCUUUCUCCUUCACUCUCUGAACGUCGAUUUGCACCUGCUCAGGACCCAAAUUUAGCAGCCGCAAGAACAGUUCAACAGCAUACACCGUCGAGUUCAUCCACCUUGCUGCCUUCUCGCAUCACAUCUCCUUCCAGAAUCAGUAGACUUCCUAAUGCAAAUAGCAGAAAGACAAAUGUAGCUGGGCUUACUGCUAGCAGUCGAAAAUCUGCUUCGCCUACUGCCAGUGUCACCAAUGCAGCAAGAAAGAGCAAGGUUGCCACGCCUACCACACCCACUAGACCUCGUUCUAAUACAAACUCACAAAAGGAUGUCAAGGAGAAUAAAUUACAGCAAUUGAGGCAGCAACAGCAGGAGAGACUCGCUCAGCUACAGCAGCAACAACAAUUGCUACAGCAACAGCAAAAGAGGGAAGACGAAGAAGAAGCAGAAUUGCAUAGACAGUUGCAAGAGGAGGAGGAAUUAGCUGGUAGAGAUCAAGAAGAGCAAGACGCUUAUGAGCUACAGCAGCAGCAACAGCAACAACAGCAGCAGCAGCAACAAGAAAUGUCUGAAUCAGAAUCCAUGAGCAGCAUAUCAGAUCGAGGAGGGGUAGGCAUGGUCUCCACUACAUCCUCCACCGUUUUGCCUCAGAAACAACCACAACAACAACAGCAAAGCUAUGGAUCAUUGGCUAUCAACUUGCCUGUCAGCAAAUCAGAACAAAUGAUCCCACUCAAAGAAUACGAGGAACUUCGCCUGAAACUCAAGAUUUUGGAGAGCAAACGCCAGGAGGAUCGAGAGCGUUAUCGCGAGCAUGAGAAAGUCAAAGAAGAAGCAGAGCAGUUUUUGACUCUGAGAAAUAAGCUACAAGACAAGAUCUCCGAGUUGCAAAAGGAGCUGCGAGACACAAAGAGACAGCUCAAAGAAUCUUCCGCUGAGCGAGAGGCGUAUGAGAACAAUUACAACGAUGCUGUUGAAUCGCUUGAAAUGAUGACACUGGACAAAGAAGUAGCAGAGGAGCGAGCAGAGCAUUUACAGCAAGAAGUCAGCAUUCUCAAGGAUAAAAUUGAGGAGAUUAGUGUGGACCUUGACGUGUUAAAGAAGGAGGCUGAUAUCAUCAACCGUGUACCUGAUCGUGAUGGAGAUGAGAAGACGCCCUUAGAAGUGAUUCAACUGGAGAGACACAAUGAGCGACUCAAGGAGGCAUUGAUGAAGUUAAGAGACGUAGCCAAAGUAAGAGAAGACGAGCUCAGCAACCGAAUCAAAGACUUGGAGAAGGAGACGUACGAGCUGGAAGAAGUCAAAGGACAGUACGACAAAACUCGUGGCAAAUUAGAAGAUGCUGAAUACACGAUUGAAGAGCUCAAGCAGCGUCUUGAUGAUGCGUUGGGUGCUGAAGAUCUCGUGGAGCAACUUACUGAGAAGAAUCUGGCCUUGACUGAAAAGAUGGAUGAGAUGCGCAUGGUGAUCGAUGACUUGGAAGCGUUGAAGGAGCUAGCAGACGAGUUGGAAGAGAACCACAUGGAAACUGAAAAGCAACUACAGGCCGAAAUUGACCACAGAGACAUGCUACUGCGCGAACAGGUGGAACGUCUUCGUUCUUGCGAAGAGACAAAUGCAGAUUAUGAAGCAACUAUCCAGCAGUUCAGAGAGCUGGUGACCACUUUGCAGAACGAUUUGGAGCAGCUUCGACACAAGGAAGUGAGCCAACAAUCCGAGAAACGAACACUCAGUAGUCAGUCUCAAGCCAUGAUGUCGCUCAACAUGCAGCUACAAUCCACCGUCAUGAAAGCCCAAGCUAAAUCCAUUGACCUCGAGCUGCGUAAGCUGGACGCAGCGCAGGCCAAUGAUCGCCUCAGUUACAUUCAGCCCUAUCUCCCAGAUUCAUUCUUCAAGACUGAAAAUGACGCUAUAUCAUGCGUAUUGCUGUACAAGCGUCUGGUAUUCAAGGCAGAAUUGAUCAUCAAGCAUUUGGAUCAGAAUCAUCCCAUCAGCGAAAAGAUCAUGGAUACUGUGCCUGAGAGUCUUGUGGCUGUUUGCGAGAUGAGGCAGCGCGCUGGUUGGUUGAGCGAUCUGGGCAAACGAUUUGUUACGUUCGUCAUCAACUGCAAUCCCUUAACAUUCAUCAAGAUGGGCCAGGUAUACCAUGAUUUGGUGGGCACUGAAAGAAGAUUGACGGGAAUUGUGGAUCUAUUGCGCACAGAUGAGAUCAACGAGACGGAAUGCGUGGUGGAAUUGCAGCGAAUGAUUGCUCAAUUGGAACAUUUGAGUGAAAUUCACUUGGCGCAAAGUGAGGCAAACCAUGUGGAUCAGUUCUUUGGUUUGACGAGAGCUUUGGAUUUGAAUGCUGAUAGAAUGACAGUCGAGUUGACCUAUGUCAAGCAAGCUGUGGAUCAUGCGGCUCAAAAUGAGAAUAUCAAUAUCAUUGAGGGAAGAGAGAGGCUCGACUAUGACUAUCUGGAGCCUUUAGGCAGGCUGAUUGUGCAAGCUAAAAAUAGCAAGAUUUUGGCAAAAAAACUAUUGCGACAAUUAGAGGACCUCUCUGAACAAGCACUCACUUUAAAGUCUGAGUAUCUGCAUCGAUUCAAAAUGUUGUACGCCAUCAGUUCAAAGUUGAGCAAAUUCUGUUACGAAACGUACAAGCAGAUAUCAGUCUAUGUGGAUGCCAAAGUGAGCAGCAAGGAGGAAAUUAGUCUAGGCAUCAUACAGCAGAUUGUAUACAGCAAGGCUGACGAAAUACUCGAAAUCGCCGAGAGCACCAUGUGGGAAGCAUGUCUCAAAACGUUGAAGUCAUUGACAAACGAGCUGGGCACUACAUUCGAGCGUAUUUCCAACGAAAACAAGACAGAAAAAAUUGCCACUGGCGUCGCUCCGUGGGUCCAAAGAGCCUCUGACAUGAAGGCAGAAGUAGUAAUGAACCAUGAUAUGGAGCGCAAAUUACAACAACAUUGUGAUGAGAUUGUGAAACUGAUCAAGGAUGUGAAAUUCAAGGACCAAGCGCUGCAGGAAUCCAGUGUAAAGAUCGAACUGCUUGAAAAGAGAAUGGAGACAGUAAAGAAACAAGCCGAUCAAGCACUGGAAGAGACCUUGGCAAAGACACAGGCACAAGAAAAGAUGUACACAGAAGCAGUCGAGAAUCUUCAAGCAGAAUACGAUGCAUUGGAGCAGGAGAAUAUACAACUCAAAAAGAAUGCAGCCAAGAAAGAGGAAAAGAGAUUAUCAGCACCUAAAAAGGCAGAAUUCGAUAUGAUGGAAGAACCCUCAUCAAAUGUGGAAAUGGCCAAUACCAAUAUUCACGAAAUGACCAGCCAAGUGGAAUCCUUGAAAGCUGCUAUUCGCUACCUGAGAGCAGAGAAUGCCCAUCUCAAGAGUUCGGAUAUUAUUCGAUCACUCCACUUGCAAGACGAAUACAAGCAAAAGAAGCCUGUAGAGCCACAAGUGCAAGCCAUGAUGCGAUCCUUUGCUCUCGAGACACGCAUGCUGGUCAAGGAUAUGCGUACAGCGAGUGCAACACCCAAAGUCAUUCAAUUAUCCGCUGAUCGUAGGGGCGGUAAAUGGCAAAGCGAGAAGCGAUUACCAGACUAUCAAUACCAAACACAACAAUCUGUGUUGUAUACCCUGAAGCAACGAUGUGAUCAAUUAAAGGACAAGAUGGAUAAAGUGCGAGUAGAUCAACAUCAGCACCAAGCACCAGUGUCGCACAUCAACCCCAAUGCGCUGGUCAAGUCAACCAAGAAUUUAAAAUCAUUGGCCAAGUUGCAGCUGCCCUUGAAUGGAACACAACUGAGCAACCAAAACAGAUGCGUCCAAUUGAGCAGCCUUUUGGAAUUUGAAAAGAUCCAUAGUAUCUUUGUCAGAUAA